AUGAAGGCUUCAGCGCGUCUUUCUUACAAACUAAGAAAGAAUUUGGUGCUUGCCAUUCUUUUGCCUUUCACAAUCAUCAUAACGAUAUAUCUUACAUUCUUCCAUAACCGAGGUGGAUCCUCAUCCUUUACAUUAAACAUUACGAAAAACAGAUGGACACGUGAAACUCAAGCAUCAUCAUCUUACCUCCCCUUCACUUCGAAAUUCAGAAUUCCAAAAUAUUCUUACAAGAAAGUUCAAAAUUGGAUGUUCAAUGAACAUAUCGAUGAAAUCAUCUCAGAGGGUCACAUUGCAGAAUUCGAUUUAAAUAAAUUACAUUCCACCAAAGAUGCCUCAAUAAACAAAGAGAAAGUUUUGAUUUUGACACCAUUACAAAAAUUUCAUCAAGAAUAUUGGGAAAAUAUCUUACAAUUGUCAUACCCUCGUGAAUUAAUUGAAUUGGGAUUCAUUGUACCACGUACUCAGACAGGUGAUUUGGCAUUACAAUCAUUAGAGAAGGCCGUGGAGAAGACUCAAACUGAUAAGAAGAAUCAAAGGUUUGCCAAAGUCACGAUAUUAAGACAAGAUUCUGAAAGUUUUAAUAAGUUGGCUGAGAAGGAAAGACAUGCAUUGAAUGUACAAAAGGAAAGACGUUCCUCCAUGGCAUUAGCUAGAAAUGAGUUGUUAUUUUCUACUAUUGGACCUCAUACUUCUUGGGUAUUAUGGUUAGAUGCUGAUAUUGUUGAGACUCCUUCCACUUUGAUUCAAGAUAUGACUGCUCAUGACAAAUCUGUUUUGGCAGCGAAUGUUUUCCAAAGGUAUUAUGAUGAUGAGAAGAAGGCUAGUGCAACUAGACCAUAUGAUUUUAAUAAUUGGCAAGAGAGUGAAAUUGGAUUAGAACUAGCGUCCAAGAUGAAUGAUGAUGAAAUUAUUGUUGAAGGUUAUUCCGAAAUUGCAACAUAUCGUCCAUUAAUGGCAUAUUUCCACGACACCACUAAGCCUGUCAGUGAAGAAAUGAUCUUGGAUGGUGUAGGAGGUGGUUGUACUUUGGUUAAAGCGGAAGUUCAUAGAGAUGGUGCCAUGUUCCCAAGUUUCCCAUUUUAUCAUCUUAUUGAAACAGAAGGUUUCGCUAAAAUGGCCAAAAGAUUAGGCUAUGAAAUAUUUGGAUUACCAAAUUAUUUAGUGUAUCAUAUUGAAGAAACGAAUAUAUAG